CAGCAACAAGAGCACUUGGUCACAGCACUUGAGCUUUCAUUUGCCGGAUAAUUUUUCACUUUCCUUAACAAAGCCGGAUUUUUUCAGAAUUAUGAGAACCAGAGCCUUUGUCUAUUAUCUUUGAGAUUUGUUGGAGAACAGCUGAGGUCCCUACGGACUGGAGGCAAGCAAAUGUUGUCUUCCCCAUCUUCAAAAGGGGAAAAAAGAAAACCAACCAGUGAGCUUGACAUUGAUACCAGGGAAGUUCCUAGAACAGGCUGUGAUAAUAGAAGAUUCUAGAAGCAUGGAUCGACGGAAAGAGUUCCUUCCAAGCUCAACGCCAGAGCCUCAACUGAGCUUCAACUCAAUAGAUUCCGCUCACAUCGCCUUGAUCACAAUAUACACGACGGUGUUUAUCGGAGGUGUGUGUGGAGUCAUCAAAAUGUCCUUUUUGCUACUGAAAAUGAAUGCAUUAUCCGUGACUACAACAGCAAUCAUAAACUUAGUGGUAAUCCACAGCCUCUUCCUUGUGACUGUGCCGUUUCGCCUGUAUUACUACGCCACCCAAGAAUGGAUCUUUGGCACACCCUUUUGCAAAGUUGUGAGCGGAAUGAUACACUUCCACAUGUACCUCACUUUCCUGUUCUAUAUGAUUUUCUUGGUCAUCAGGUGCCUCAUCUUCUUUCAGUGGAAAGACAAAGUGGAAUUCUAUAGGAAUUUGCAUGCUGUGGCAACCAGCAUAGCUGUGUGGAUUCUGGCCAUUGUUAUUGUGGUGCCAGUAAUGUUGUGCUGGUAUGGGAAAACGGGGGUUUAUGCAAAUGUAACGUGUUUUGAAUUUCACCAGGAGUUCCACAGUGACCCAGUGAAAGCAGUCAACUACAUUAUAAUUGCCGUAAUGGUUGCAAUAAUUUGCACCGUCUUGGGCUUACAAGUGUUCAUGAUUCGAAAGGUGGUGAAAACCCUUUCAGGGUCCCUUUGGUUACAUCAAGAGUUUCAGGCGCAGCUGAAAAGCUUGUUCUUCAUAGGGAUCUUAAUGUUUUGCUUCCUCCCUAGUCACUUUUUCCGGAUUUAUUUCAUUCAGCAUGCAGAUGACAAGCGACUGAAUUCUGUCAAUGAAAUCUGCUUGAGCGUAACUGCCAUCAGCUGCCUCGAUUUGUUUUUGUUCGUGGUAACUGGAUGUAAAACCCUAAGGCAAAAAAUCAGUGGACUUUCAUGCUGCUGAAACUUUGCAUUCUUAUGUAAGAAAGUCUUGGCGACAAGGUCAGCUGGGUAGGUGAGAGAUAUAUGACUUAAAGAUUCUCAGGAUAAAAAUUUAUACAUCCUGGGUUGCAUCUAACGGCUAUGUAAGCAGAAGGCAGAUUGUAAACCCAGUCUAGCCUGCCAACCACCAGCCUGGCUCCCUAAUGCUCCCUGUAUCCCUGCGAAGUCUCUCCAGAGAGUCACAGAAUCCCUUAACAGUGUCACACUCAUGCAGAAUUGAGUAAUGGGGACCUGCAUGGUGUCAAGCUGUAUUGAUGCAAGGUUUCCUUCUCUCGGUCCACUGCAGUUUUGUGUGAGAGUCCAUUCUGCUCAGGACUGGGAAAGGAAGGAUCUGUCCAUUUUGGUUCUCUCUGUUUCUCAUUUUAAAAGGUAAAGGGACCCCUGACCAUUAGGUCCAGUCGUGACCGACUCUGGGGUUGCGCGCUCAUCUCGCGUUAUUGGCCGAGGGAGCCGGCGUAUAGCUUCCAGGUCAUGUGGCCAGCAUGACAAAGCUGCUUCUGGCAAACCAGAGCAGCACAU